AUGCACGCGGCGCCGGGAAUCCUGCUCCUCUUGGUGCUCGCGCACCCGGGAGUCGCUCAAGUGAGAGAUGAUGAUGACUUCCUUAGCCUGAGUGAGCUGCCAGAAACCUUUCCUUCUGACCCUCCGGAGCCCUUACCCCACUUCCUGUUCGAACCAGAGGAAGGCUACAUUGUCAAGAAUAAGCCUGUCAAUCUCUACUGCAAAGCAACACCUGCCACACAGAUUUACUUUAAGUGCAACAGUGAGUGGGUCCAUCAAAAGGACCACACUGUGGAGGAGAGGGUGGACGAAAACUCAGGUCUCGUAGUGCGAGAAGCCAGCAUAGAAAUAACCCGGCAGCAGGUGGAAGAACUGUUCGGUCCUGAAGAUUACUGGUGUCAGUGUGUGGCCUGGAGCUCGGCCGGAACCACAAAAAGCCGCAAAGCGCACGUCCGCAUCGCAUACCUAAAGAAGUCAUUUGAACAAGAACCACUUGGAAAGGAGGUGUCACUGGAGCAGGAGGUGCUGUUACAGUGUCGCCCUCCGGAGGGCAUACCAGCUGCUGAGGUGGAGUGGUUAAAGAAUGAGGAGAUUAUAGACCCUGCAGAGGACAGAAACUUUUACAUUACUAUUGAUCACAACUUGAUCAUCAAACAGGCGCGUCUGUCUGACACGGCCAACUACACGUGCGUGGCUAAGAACAUUGUGGCCAAAAGGCGAAGCACCACAGCCACUGUGAUCGUGUAUGUGAACGGCGGCUGGUCGACUUGGACAGAGUGGUCUCCGUGUAACAGUCGCUGUGGACGAGGUUUUCAGAAACGAACCAGGAGCUGCACUAACCCCGCCCCUCUCAAUGGAGGACUACCCUGUGAUGGACAGGCCAUCCAGAAGCUACCCUGUACCACAUUGUGCACUGUGGACGGUGUGUGGACAGACUGGAGUAAGUGGUCGGCCUGUGGGACAGAGUGCACUCAGUGGAGGAGAAGAGAGUGCAACAACCCAGCUCCUAAAAAUGGUGGGAAGGACUGCGAGGGUCUGGUGCUCCAGUCUCAAAACUGCACCGAUGGACUCUGUAUGCAAAGUAAGAAACAACAUCUUUAUCUAAAUGAUAAGUUGUGCAUCACACCAUAUCCAAGAAGAACUUUUUUUUAA